CACAAUUCAUGAGAUUUUUAACUUCAUUUAAAUGCGUUAGCUUCAUUUUGGGGAUAAUAUUUGACUCUACAGGGAUACAUAAUAACUUAAUUAAGAAGUAUAAAAUAAAUCCAUCAAUGAUAUUAAAUAAGUUUAUAAUAUAAUUACAUAUAAUUCUAUCAAUAAAAAUAAAAUAAUAUGUGUGUUUAUUUGAUUAGUACACGUCUGGACAGCAGAUAAGAUAUUAGUAACUGUGAAGUGUAAUGAUCUGAAAGCCCAAAUUGAAAAGGGUGGCCCAAUAGGCCGAUUUGAGAAAUUGAUGGGUGGGAAUGUUGCAUGAAGCAAGAGAUGAGAAUUGAGAAUUGAGAUAGAAUAGCAGAAGAGAGAAGAGUGAAAUGGCGGGUGCCAUGAGCUUGACCCUUCCCGUUGUGACUCUCUGUAAAGGCACCAAAUUUGUGAAGCCUCCAACAAGGUUUAUGCAACAUGGAAGCAGGGAAUGGAAGCGUUGCAGAAACAGAAGAGUGAUCGUGUGUGGGCUGCCACUGCCUGUUGAUCCAUGGGCCCCCACCAUCGACUCUCAGAGCAUCGCUUCCCAGCUCUUCGCCUUUUCCUUGUUUCCAUACAUCGGAUUCUUGUACUUCAUUACCAAGUCCAAGACUGCUCCAAACCUCACCCUCUUUGGCUUCUACUUUUUGCUUGCCUUUGUCGGAGCCACAAUACCAGCUGGGAUUUAUGCGAAGGUGCAUUAUGGGACUUCUUUGUCCAAUGUGGACUGGUUACAUGGCGGAGCUGAGUCCCUCCUCACUCUCACUAACUUGUUCAUUGUGUUGGGUCUCAGAGAGGGUCUCAGGAAGGCUCAAAAUUCACAAGAUGAUGAAAAAACACCCUCUCCUAACUCGGGCUUGGAGGAGGAGGAGGAGGAGAAGAAGAACAAACGUGGGAAUCUGGUUUGAUAUUUGAAAUUCAUUAUGUUGUCACUUUUAUUGCAGCAUCUGGGCUGUUUUGUUUUGUAUAUAGAAUGGAUUAUAAAUGCUGGAAAUUUGUGUAAUUAAAGCAUCAAUUGGAAUGAAAUCUUACAGGGUUUUGGUCA